CGCGCCCUUCCACGGACCCCGCUCCUGGCGACCUGCCCGGAGUGAUUCGUCAGCCGCCCGGGCGAGUAAGAUGCUCUUGCAAGGGGCAAACUUACCUGCGGGGAGCGACGGAGCCCAACGCCGGCAGCUCCAGAGCAUCCAGAGCCACUAUCCCGCUACGCAUCUGAGACCUGCGGCAGAGAGGGGCGUCUAAUGGCAGAAAAGCGACGCUUGGAGGCCGUGGGCACCGUGGGUUAUAGCAAGCUCCCUCGCCUGGAGGCAGAGCCGGGCCACGUCCUCACGGCGGGCUUGUACCGAUCGAGCGUGCUGCCUGGCCACGUCUCGGAAAACCACUAUGGCUACAAGGGAUCCUAUUUCGCUUACCCGCUACAGUGCCACGAAGGCCCCAAAUCCUUGGCUCAUUGGACUCCUGCGGAGGCUUACGCCCAUUGCGCAGCGGGUGGGCUGGGCCAGCAGCUGAGGAUGGAGAAAGCCUUCGACAGGCUGUACAAGCUGGAAACCGACAGCUUUGGGGCACAGAGCCAAACGCCCAGGCACAAGAAGGACAGCGAGUGCACGGCCCAGGACUUGCUUGCCGCUCAGGAGCGAUGGGCUACCUAUAUGGCUCCUGCGGGCCUCGUUCAGCCAGGCUGGAUCCAUAGCUAUUCUGCCCAGCAACCUCCCCGAGCGCCAACGAGCUGCGCCCAAACCUUGGCUGUGCCCAAACCAGUUUAUCGGAACCACGUUUACACAGCGGACUCCAGCUACAGCCCUAAUGGCUCCCUAGUUUUGGGAACGCUGCCGGAAGGCCCGGUGAAGCGGCCACCGGGUCUGGAGUGGGCCCUGCCUCCGUCGGGUCCUUCGGGCUGUGCGGACAGCCCCAGCUACAGCACCACCGGGCCCAAAAAAGCCCUGGUCCCCGAAUCUGGGUUCCCGCAGUCGCCCAAAGACACCGCUGCUAACCCCGCCAGCUUUUCGCCUUACCACAAGGCCGUUGAGAAAUGCCAAGGGGUACAAAAUACCUCCUUUCCGGAAGGAAGCUUCUCGGCCAUGUACAACGGCCAGAAAACCUUCCCAGAGGCACGUGGCGGCAGCCCUGGCAAACGCGCGUGGGCUAAGCUACCUCCUGCCAGCCCGCUGGCCAAUCCCCAGACCCUGGUGUACCAAGAUAGGUCGCCCGCAUGCUACCCGUUCACUUCCUACCCGCUGACGUCCCAUGAGCAAAUGCUGCUGUAUCAACAGAGCUACGCGCAGGCUGAAAAAGCCAACGCCCUUUUUGCUCUGCCCGGUUGCAAAGGCUUUAGGUACAGUGAGGAGCCUCAGCUUUUUCCAGCAUCUUAUUUUCCGCCGGCAGCAAGGGGUUACUAUCCCCUGGACAACUACCUCUACAGAGCCGUCGGCCCUCCGAUGACCCCUCCUGGCCUCCGGUCUUCGAAGGAGCAUGAGCACCAGCAGAACCCGCGAGCCAAAACGGACUCGCUGCAGAAGACCCCCGCCCCUGCGUGCGCCCCGCCGGAGAAGGGCGCUCGGUGCGGCUCUUGGCCCAGCGGAGACGGCCUUCCGGAUUGGCGGGAGGGCGGCCGAUUUGCGAGGCAGGCCAACGAGAGCCUUCAGGGUCAGCGGGCGGUGCCCCACCCGCACUCUUUCCAGCCGCUUCACUCGGCAGACAGGACGCCUGGCUUCUUCGGAGGGUUUGGGCUGACGCCAGAGGCCGGCUGCGGGUCAGUCCUUUGCCAUUCGGAAAAGGCCGGCGCCAGGGAGGCGCAUCUCUCUUACGCAACCCAAAGGUCCGCUUCAUCCUCUGAAGCCAAGAAGAGGAAUGUUGGGGAUCACAAAGCUGAAUUGGGACCGUGCAUCGUUAUUUCCGACAGCCCGGUUGCAACCCAUGAGUCCUGCUCCAAGGGAGAUCCCACGAAAAGUGUUCCCGAGGGCUCUGGGGCCUCUCUCCAGAGUACGCCGCAGUCACCGGAGGGAAGGUCAAGGACCGCUAAUCAAAGACCUGAGGACUUCCCAUCUCCUUCCUCCCCUCCUAUGCCAGUUAUCAACAAUGUCUUUAGCUUGGCACCUUACCAAGAGUACCUUGAAGACUCUACCGAGUCGGUGGAGAUUCCCCUUCCAAAAAGUUGCCGAUCAGAGGAGGCAUCUCUCCAUCACACAGGCCAAAGCCCAGGCAGACAAGGUUCGCCUCGGCCAGACUCUGCAGGGCCGCCGGAAGCAUCUGGGGUGCUGCAGCCUGGGAGGAAAGGAACGGCCUGCCAUGGAACGAUGGGCGUUGGUCAAAGGGACCCGGGUAGCAACUGUGCAGGGCUGGAGACAGUGGGUGGAGAUUGUGCCGGGACUUUGGAGAAUUACAGGGUCAAGCUUUUGCCUCCCCAGGAGCCUGCGCCUGGUCAGCCAGCCCUGAUGGGUUGUGCGAACAGCAGGACUGGGCAGCAUGCCCCAGAAGACCAUGUGCUAGACCUCAGCUUUAAAACGGAAGGCUUGGCGGAAGCGCCCAGUUUUCAGAUGUCACCUGGGACGACUGAGGCCCUUGAAAGGGAAAAUUCAGGAGGCAAGGGGCAGGAGAUGGGAGGUCAGCCGGCUAAUCAACAGGACUCUUUAUUAGAGACGAACUUGCAAUUAUCAGAGGUGCCCCUAAAAAGCUUCUCUGGGGGAAGGAGCAAUUUUCACAGUUCUGCAGCGUUCUUGUACAAAAAAUUCAAGAUCCUGAAACCACGUGUAGCCGGGGCAGGCUGUGCAGUGCAGCAAAAGUCUUCCCCAUCCUUUCAGUUUUGCUCCCCAGUAGCAGCUCUGGGUGACGAUUCCUCUCUGCGACAUGGCUCUGACCAAGCGGCGACUCAGCAAUCCUGCCCGCCAGUUCAGCAAUGCCUACAACAAACGGUGACUCAGCAAUCCCACCCACCAGUUCAGCAAAGCCUACAACAAACGGCGAUUCAGCAAUCCCACUCACCAGUUCAGCAAAGCCUACAACAAACGGUGACUCAGCAAUCCCACCCACCAGUUCAGCAAAGCCUACAACAAACGGCGAUUCAGCAAUCCCACUCACCAGUUCAGCAAAGCCUACAACAAACGGUGACUCAGCAAUCCCACCCACCAGUUCAGCAAAGCCUACAACAAACGGCGAUUCAGCAAUCCCACUCACCAGUUCAGCAAAGCCUACAACAAACGGUGACUCAGCAAUCCCACCUACCAGUUCAGCAAAGCCUACAACAAACGGCGACUCAGCAAUCCUGCCCGCCAGUUCAGCAAAGCCUACAACAAACGGCGACUCAGCCUGAAACUCAACCUCUGCAGCAGCAGUUUAACGCUAAACUGCCGUCCGCUUCAAAAGCCUUGAUUCCAAGCGUGCGAGCCGGCUCUCCCGGCCUAGGCGAGGCCCGAGUUUUGCUUCCCACCCACGACGAAUCUCUCGGCCAGCAGAAUUCACCCAGGCAGUAUUUCACUGCCCUGCACGCUUCUGUGUGUACCAUCAUUUCUUCUUCGGUGUCUGCCUCCUCUCCGGAGCAACUCAAGGAAUGGCUGGAAAAGGCUGAGUCCGACAGAGAGCUCCAAGAGAAGGCGGCGAGCUUGACCAAGCACAAGAGCACCUCCAGGACAGUCUCCGAAGCGCCCAAACUGUCCAAGAGCAAACUGAUCUGGCUGGCCUUCAAGGACAUGACCGUCCACCUCAACAAGCUGCUCUCUCAGCUGGACACCUUCCUCUUCACCCGCAAGUGCCCUUUCCCGCACGUGGUGCGAGCCGGCGCCAUCUUCAUCCCCAUCCACGUGGUGAAGGAGAAGCUCUUCCCUCACCUCCCGGGCGGCUCCGUGGAUCACGUGCUGCAGGACCACAAGGUGGAGCUGCGUCCCACCACCCUGUCCGAGGAGAAGCUCUUGAGGGACUUGGAGCUGAAGAGCUGCACUUCCCGGAUGCUGAAGUUGCUGGCGUUGAAGCAGCUGCCGGACAUCUACCCGGACCUCUUGAACCUCCACUGGCACGACUGUGUCAAACAGCAGCUCGGUGAUCCUGCAAAAGAAACCCUAAAGAGCAAUCCUGAAGCUUCGACGGCAGUUGGCUUGAAGGCAACGGAUGCAUCCAGAUGUUUACAGGGUACAACAACCAAGUCCCCUAGCCAGGAUGUCCGAGGGAGGCCUAAGCAAGGCAAAAAAUGUGGAGUGGCACCUCGGGGUGAGGCUGCCCGCUCGCCCUCUGAACCCUGCCUACCAGUCGAUGAGGGACCGCCUCAGGGACCCUCCUCCCUCUCCCUCACAGGGGAUGCUGCAUUGAAGGGGGCAAAGACCCUGCCUGAGGGGGACGCUGCUUCCCCUGCGGCUCCGAAAUCCAAAGGCCUCCCGCUUUGCUCUGGUGCUACGAGACGGCUCGUCCCAAUCCGCAAACUACCCAGGACUCUUCAGGUGAAACUGAGCAAUAAGGUUGCCAGGAAAACAACCAGUACCUCAAAGGUCCUCCGCCUCCGGAAAUCUGUGGUCCGCAUUAAAUUCCGGGACGCUCUCCGGGACAUACGGGGCCCUCCGGUCCUGAUGUCUGGGGGGAAGAAGAACGAGAAAGAGCCGCCCUCGCUGCUCCUGAAGAGGUUUGGGCAGGGCGGGGCCGGCCGCGUGAGGGGCGCAGCUUUGCCCCCCGGGUACCCGGAGCUGGUCGGCAAACGGAUCCGGCACUUGUAUGAGGAGAAGGACAAGACGGAGGCGUGGUAUCGAGGGGUGGUGCUGCGGGUUCACAAGCGCCACAAGGACCCUCUGAAGACGGUUUAUGAGGUGAAAUAUGACAGUGAGCCGGAGUGGCAAUAUUACCUCGAGAUUCUGCAGGACUAUAAGAAAGGCUGGUUGGAGGUGGAUGAGUGAGCGAGUGAGCAAGUGCGAGAGUGUGUGUGUGUGUGUGUGUGUGUGUGUGUGUGUGUGUGUGUGUGUGAGAGAGAGAGAGAGAGAGAGAGAGCAUGAUCCAUCAGAGUCAUCCUGCUGACAGACUGGAACACUAUAGGCAAGAUGGCCGAAAGCCUUAACAUGUCCCUGGAUUUCCGCCUUCUUCCCAAGUCGGGCACAGGCCUGAACGCCACACACUUCGGAGAGGGGGGAUGAGGGCCCCAUUCAGGUGCUCCCCUAUUGAUUCUGGCUAUUGCUGAAUGCCCCGGGGCUCUGCUUGGCUUCAGGAAAUCUCCCCUCACGGCAGUGGCGCAGACCGUACCACAAAAGGGACGUUUGAAAUGGAGCUCGAUGUUACAACAGGGUGUCCGUGCUUCCCCAGCUGAACCCCUUGCUGCUGAACUAGGAACCUGGUCGGUGAGGGCUGGGUGGUGUACUUUAAAAACCAUCUUUGUGGGGCCAGCUAGCUUUGAGGAGGGGGACGGGGUUGCUCCUUUACUGUGAGUGGGCCCUGGGCAGGUUUAUAUGAAUGCGGUGGCAGCGCUGCAAGCAGCACUGGGCGGCCGUCUGUGGCCACCCUCUUCAUUUCCCACAAUGCAUCAGAGCGAUGCCAGGUCUAAAGCAUUGUGGGUAAUGAAAAGGGUGGCUAGAUUCAGCCACCUGACUCUGCCCAGGCCAAGAGGAAAGGGCCGCGUCUGUGCUUUGCCAGAGCAUUCGGAACAUGGCGGCCCUCCCCCAUAGAGGAAGUCACGGGCACAGAUGAGCUUUGCUUGCAACAGACGCGUGCACAAACAUGGCGGUCUGUUUUUCACCUGCCUGGCUGGUUGCAAGUUACCCUUUGUUACCUGACUAUGUCCACAGGCCCUCUCCAGUGAAGGAUCUAUGGGGAACAUCCAAACCAGCCCCGUGUGGGAUGUAGUGGGAGGACGGGGAACUUGUGAACUGUUCUGUCCCUCCCUCGGUACCAUUGUUCCUGUGAAUCGCGUCAGGCGUCCCACUGGGAGAGCAUCUCUUGAGUGGUUGGGCUCCCUAGUUAAAGCCUGGGCGAGGUACCCAGGUGGAGGAACCAUUGGGAUAAAGCUGGUGUGUGUGUGUGGGUGUGGAGGCUGCAGCCCUCUAGAUGCUGAUGAACUACCACUCCCAUCAUCCUUGGCCAGGCUGGCUGGGGCUGAUGGGAAUUGGAGUCUAGCAACAUCUGGAGGGCCACAUGUUCCCUAGCCACCAAGGACUUAUGCAGAAGGUGUGGUAAAGGGAGCCUGAGGGUUGACUACAUCCCUUCGCCAUCUCCUCCUCCCCAGACCAUAAGGGGCUGAUGUCAUCCGUUCUCCUGUAAAAUGAGUUCUCUCCUCUGCCAAGCCCACCGGGUUCAGCCGGCCUCAAACCUGAGGAUGGUCUCCCGUUCUGUGAAACUGGGUGGGAUCCUAGCCCCAAAACUCUGCAGGGCACCAUCACCGUGAGCCGCUGGCGGUGUUCACCCAAACCGCACAAUUCCUCGGAAUCCUGGCUUACCGUUCCAUGUGCCAGUGUGCUGAUGUGCGCUGCCCGACAGCACUUGCUCGGUCCCUCCUGCAAGCAGGAACAGCUAGAAACUAACCAGAAAUGUAGCAAGGCGGAAAAGCUGGUUUUUACAUCUGAACUGGGAUUCCCGGCUUGUCACGCCUAAAACAAGCCAAGGUUUGGAGCUGGCUUUUGUAUCCAGGCUUAUUUUGAAGAGCCUGGGUUUGGAUGUAACUUGUAAGCUGUUUUGCCCUGCUCAGUUCAGCAGCUUGCAAGAGCAAUUGGGUAGGAUGCACCAGCCUGCCUGCUCGGGAUCAAUAAGCAUUCAUUUCAAACACAAUCUUCGCAAGCGCAUGUGUGCACUUCUACAAUACAACACGGUUCUAUCACCAAACUUCCACCCAUAAUUCAAAACUGACAGCCAGUGGCUCUCCCAACAGAGAGGUCCCCCUUUAUAUUUUUAGAAAUAACGUUCCAUACAGGACCUCCUCUCUGGAAAUAAGAUUCUGAGCCCACGGUUACAUUUCCAGGUACGGCGUAAGAAAAUUAUAGUCACUGGUGGAGAUACGAAUGGAGCCAAAGUCAUUUUCCAAUUGUGCCUGGCAAGGAGGCAGUACAGCUCAUCAGAUUUACUGCAAAUAAGAAUUUCAGUACUUGGCGAUCCAGUGCCUUCUCCCUUCUC